AUGUUUAUUUGGCAGACGUGUGCCCGAAACAGAUACGCAGCCACGUAUUCAAGUUCAUCAUCAUCCAGGAUUUAUUUACUUCUGCGUGGACUGAAGGAACACAACUCUUCGCUCGUUGCAAAGGCAGUAACCGGGCCCUUCAGGUUUAUUCUGCACUACCUUUGGUACAGCCCCUCCAGUUCAACUCUGCCACCUGGACUGGUUCGCCUUGCAACCAAACAAUUGAACUGGCAGUUGGUGCUGGCAAGUAAUGGGAAGCUCCUGGCUGUGGUUCAGGACCAAUGCGUGGAAAUGAGGUCAGCUAGAGAUGACUUUGGAUCCAUCAUAUUUCCUAUGCUAAGUACCCAAGGAUCCAAACCCUCACUGGCGCAGGGUAGCGUGGAGUCAUGACUCUGCUCUGUUGGCAUAUGCUUGACAGCACUGGUACGGUCCGAGUCUUUG